UAUUAUAAUUUUAUUCGUUUGUGGCUUAUUUUUAUUCGACGUCUUUGAAACGAUAAAUCUAAUAAUUGAAUACAUUAAAAAAAGAAGAAUAAAAAAAUAACUGAUUCGUGUUUAGACAGCGUUAUUUGGGAAAAUGACGCGGAUUUUACGCUAAAUAAGAAAAUAUCGUGGAAAAUUUCAUCGACGCUAUACGGAAUUACGGAAAGAAAGACCAGAAAAAAAGAUGAUUUGAAAGGCAGAGGAGUAAACUAAACAAUAUUAACCGCUUUCAUUCCGAUUGUUUUGAUACAAGAGAAAUUAACAAUAUAGAUACUUAGGCCCACAUGAAAAUGCAAAACGGCGACUGCACGAGGUAGGAAGCAAAACAAAAAGAACAACACAAACACAUAAAGCGAUAGAGAAAGCCGAACAGACAACGUAGUACAUUUUAUUCCGCAUUCCAGCUAUAAAAUAACAACAACAACCAAAAGAAGUGAAACGAUUUUUUUUUUAUUUCUACUUUCGAAAAGUGAAGUGACCAUCUUUGUCCAUUUGAAGUGCUUGUGGAAUUUUGUGAAUUGCGAAGUACCAAAAGCUGUGCGAGUUUCUUGAAUUUGCAAGUUACCAAAUAGUCGGCAAUCCAUUCAAAAGUGCAAUCUCUGAAAAUAACAAAAAAGAUUAAUAAUAAAGAAAUUUUCAUAUAUACUAUAUUUUCGAUGCAUUUGUGUUAGUGAAUGAACAAACAACAACAACAACAAAAAUAAAUAAAACGAAUGAUAUUUGCCAUUUGCUGUGCAUAAAUAUACAAAGUGAAUUUUAAUAUCAAAAAUGAAUGAACGUCUACAAUAAAACAUUCAAAUCGUAAAUGUGAUGUACAUUGUUUGGCCCGUCUAAUGCUUGUGACCGUAGCAAAAACGUGAACGAAGAAAAAUUGAAGAGCGUAAAAGCUAAAGGAAAAGCUUAAGCAAGUGUGGUGACAGGUGCGUUUCAUCCGUACAAGAAAGCAGCAAACUUUGCACGACAUCUCUAUGGUGAUGUCAGUGUUUUACUCGACUACACGAGAUUGGCGAACGAAGUAAAGAAAAAAGAAAAAGAAAACCGAGAGAAGAAUAAAAAACGGGAAGAAGAAGUGUAUCGUAAAGAAGUGGCAACCAGUCGGUUCUGUCAAUGGUAGUAUGUUCUAUUAGCUCGGAAAAUUUUAAGAAAAAUACCAUAGUUUUGAAGAAAGACAUCACACAAACAAUACAUCAGGAUAUUCAGUUUGGAUGCGCCGCAAACAUUUCAUUGCUUUCAUUCAAAAUCAUUGAACAUUGAACGAAUUUCAUUGUGUGUAAAUAAAUAGACUAGUUGGUGGUGUGUUGCGUUCGCGUUGUUUAGCAUUUUGUGUGCAAAGGAAUCAAGCCGCUUUUUUUCUCGCGAUUUUCACUCGUUUCGAAACGAUUUUUUUUUAAUGAACUGUAUUCCCGAUGAAAGUCGUAACGAUUCUAAAUACAACGGCAAAUUAACUAGUCUGGCAUUUAGUUAAAUGCCGAAAAUAUUGUAAGCUUGAUAUUAGUUUGUAAACACAUACACACACACAAAAUGUCUAGAAUUAUUAUGCAUCGUGGUGAUAUUGGACUGGAAUUGGUCAAACAAGAAAGAGCAGCACAUCAAUUAUCAUCGUCCGAUUUGAUUGGAUGUGGCUCAUCAUCUUCGGCAAUGGCUGAUGAUCACCUCGAUGAUGAUUUAGAUCAUGACGAUGAUGAUGGCGUCGAUGUAAUUAACCACCACCAUCAUCAAAAUCAUCAUUCUUCGCAUCGUUUGAACGACUCAAGUGUGAUAUCAUCGAAGCUUUUGAAACCGUACCAACAUGAGGCGUUGUCGGUGAUUGUACAGCCUCAGGAUGAUUCACACGAUCCAGAUGAUUCAUCAUCGCAAUUAUUAAGUCCGAGUGGUAAAAUGACACCAAAUUCAGCUGAAAUGAUUGAUACAUCUGAUUUUCGUGCAUUGCACGAGCCAACCUAUCAAACAUUAACAUCGGUUAAUGGGCAAAUGUCACCACCGGGCUUUAGUCCAAAUUCAUCGUAUGCUACCUUAACACCACUACAACCGCUACCACCGAUUUCAACAAUGUCUGAUAAAUUUUCGUACGGUCAUUCAAGUGGAAUAUCACAGAUUCAAGGCCAAGGUAUCAGUUUAUGCAUGGGUGUUAAUUCACCAUAUUACGAUAAAUUGCCAACGAUGGGCUUGUCACCGCCACACAAUUACUCAUCACCAACAAAUACACUCAGCGGCAAUGGUAAUGGUUUGCAUUCACCACAAAAAAGUAUGUCACCACAUGAAUAUGAUUCGGCUUAUCCGACCGAUCAUCGUGAUCUAUUGAACAGUGGCCGUCAAAUUCAGGACGUUCAUAGUCAAAGUCCUAGUCCCCAAUCAGUGUCUUUACAUUCGCCGAGCGGAAGUGCCGGAGGUGGUUCAAUCAUAACAUCAUUUAAUUCACCGCCAAUUGGUUUGCAAUCAUCGAUUCAACAACAACAACAACAGCAGCAGCAACAGCAACAACAACAGCAGCAACAGCAACAACAGCAACAAUCACAACAUCAAUCGUCCUCAUGUCGAAAGACACCCGAUGAAUUUUUCGAAAAGACACGAUCGUAUCGAAGCAGCGGCGGUGGCAGUGAUUUUUUUGAAAAAACACACAAUGAAUCACAAUCACAUCAAAUCGCCAUGAAUGGCAAUGCCAUCAGUGCGAUUACAAGCAAUACAAACCAAUCGAAUAACGUACCGCCAGCACAAAAUCAGGAGCAAUCAUCGCAACAACAAAAUGUCACAUCAAUAAGUAAUGAAGUGGAGGAGAUCAACACAAAAGAGUUGGCACAGAGAAUAAGUGCCGAACUGAAGAGAUACAGCAUACCGCAAGCAAUAUUUGCACAACGUGUAUUAUGCCGGUCACAAGGCACACUAUCCGAUCUAUUGCGUAAUCCAAAACCGUGGUCGAAACUGAAAUCGGGACGCGAAACUUUUCGACGCAUGUUCAAGUGGCUACAAGAACCUGAAUUUCAACGUAUGUCAGCGCUACGGAUGGCAGCCGCUCAAAUUCCACAACGAGGAAAUAUUCCAUUGAGUGGAUGCAAACGAAAAGAGGACUUGCCAGUUGUGGCCGAGCAUCUGUCUUCACCGAAGAAACCACGACUUGUAUUUACCGAUCUGCAACGACGUACGCUACAGGCAAUAUUCAAGGAAACAAAGCGACCGUCAAAAGAGAUGCAAGUAACAAUUGCACGUCAAUUGGGUUUGGAACCGACAACCGUUGGAAAUUUUUUCAUGAACGCUCGCCGACGCUCGAUGGACAAAUGGAAAGAUGAAAAUGAUGGCAAAAAUGGUUCACAUGAUCAUUCAUUGGAUGUGUGCGAUGAUGACGAAAUGGAUUUGGAGCUGAGCCAGGAAACUGAUUUAGAUCUAGAUCCAGACGAUCAUGACCAGGAUAUGUUGUGACAUACACCAGGAAUUCAACCGCCAUCAAAUGUAUUGGCAUCUAGUCAAGGGCAUCUGAAUCGUCACCACAAUCACAAUAACAAUAAUAAAAUUGUCACAACACAUUUGACCGAUCACAAUAAUUCGUACGGUGGAAACAUUGAUGAGGCUGAUAAAAAUCAGCUGAUUAAUCACUUUAAUGACGAUAAUAACAAUAAUGGAAUAAAUAGCAAUAAUAAUCAUAGUAGAAUUAGUUCUAGUCAAAACAUUAGUAGAUAUGUAUUGCGUACAUUUGGUGGUAUGUUUGACAAUGCAUUCGUUGAUGAAGACAACGAAUCAGCGGCCACAUCAUCAUACUAUCGGAUGCAGAAAUGACCACAUGCAGAUAGACAAAUCGACGAUACAGCAUCAAUGCCAAGAAAAUUUAUUCACCUUUCAGUUGCGUGCUAAAUAUCAAACAAAAAUCAACACACACACACAUACAGAGAGAGAAAGAGACAAAAGAGAAUGAAACACAAACAUUUAAAUUCGAUUCGCUAUCAUCUUCGGCAAGCGAACGAGAGAAAUACAACGGAAAUUAAAGCCAAAAAAGAAUUAACGAAAAAUAAUACUCAAAUUGGCUGGUAUUCAACGUCUCAAAUCAAAUUUAUGGAAUGGUGUCACGAUGAAAGGUUUCGGAUAUUGUAAACCAUUUGCAAUCGAACAUACGUCAAUCGAAACUUUGCAUGCACAAUUGAAGAGUGAAAUGAAAUUGAUUGGCAACGGAAAAUUAAGUCUCAAAUGCAGGAAAGCUUUUCAAAGAACCGCCCGCGCCUCCACACCAAAAUAUAAAUAAGAUAUUGCUCGCAAAUACCACAAAAAACGCUCUCGACAUAUUACCAUACUCUGGCAGAGCCAACAUUGUUCUAUUCUUUUUUUUCGAAUGUUCACUUCGGUUUUUAUCUUUGAAUAGAGCGUGUUUGUCAUUUUUUUAAAAGCAAUAACAGACAACAAGAAGAAAAACAACAACACACACAUAUACGAAGAGCAAAAAAAACCGGAUAGAACAAUAUACACUUACAGAUGAAUUACAUGCAAAUGCAAAACAUGAAAUACGAAAUUGUAAAUAAUGCCAAAUAAAAAAACAAAAGAAAAACACGGACACAGUGAGAACGAGGAGAAAACCCAAGUCAAAAAAUAAUAGCUGCACAAAGGAGAAGAUUAUAAUUACAUUAUGUUAGUUUUCUGAAAUUAAAAUGAAUCACGAUACAAUAACAACAACAAAUCACACACAUACACAGUCAAACACACAUAUGCAAACCAAAAAAAAAAAAAACUAACGACUAAAAUGAAGAUGUAGAAGUGCAAACAAUCCGAAAUGAAAAGAGAAUAAAAUGCAGCGCGCGGAAACGAAUACGAGUGUAACAUACAAAUCAUAAUUAAUAUUUAUUAUUAUUGAGAGCAUGGAACAAGACAUUUAAUUAAUUAUUAUAUAAUCUAAUCCAAUAAUAAACUGAAUAGAAAACAUUUUGUUGAACAGAAGUGACAAAUAGAGAGAGAGAAAAGAGAAAACUAUUGAAAGAAUCAACCAACAACAAAGAGAAACACUUUUUUUUUGAGAAAAUUUGUGAAAAAAGACGUGAAAGAGACUAACAACAACAAAAAAAUCUAUAUGCCUUGCGGUCGCCGUGGUGUCCGCCCUUUUAUAUGUAUUUACAUCAUACACAGCUAAUAUUUUGGUUUUUGUGUUCUUUUUUUGGUUGCAGCAUUUUUCGUUUUCUCCCUUCAAACAUCGUACGAAAAUUUCGUUUAAUUAUUGUUUCUCUUUCUUUUCAUUCAUUCGAUCGUUUGUCAUCGUUGUCGUUGUCGUCGUCGUCACAUUAUUUAUCACACUUUGUGCAUUUUUUAAAAAACUCUUUUUUCUUUGUUCAGUUGCAUUCUGUAUCGCAUAAAUCGAAUAUAUUUUCUACGAAUGAUUGCGUUUUACAAUGAAACAAAAUCACUUGAACAAACCUACUUCGACAGCGAUUUUCACGCGCAUUCAUUUCAAAGUCUAGAAAUAUAUUUUAUUGAUAUUCGCAAUCACUAACUCUAAACGCCCUUACAUAUCAAAUGCAAUUAGAAAAAGAAAAGAAAACAAAACAAAACAAAUUUAAAUAUGGAAAGAAGAGACGACGAAAGAAAAACUACACGCUGAAUACAAUCAAAAAUCGAAUAGAACAUUUUUCAUUUAUUUAAUCUCACCAAUGACGUUUCAGUUUAUCGUUAAUCUUGUUAUUUUUUGGAUCAACCAAAUAAAUUUCUGACAAAAUUUUCAGUUAGUCGAAAUUAAAAUAUUCGAAUCAAUGAAAAUUCUUUGAUACAAAAACAUCACAUCAAAGACAUCCAUUUGUUCAAAUGCAAAUGCAACUUUUUCCGCUUUGCGUUCGGUAACAAAAAACGAAACAAGAGAUAUAUUCGAUUUUUGAAUUGUUUAAUCGACAAUAUGGGAACGUAUUUAAUUUUAUGUUAUAGUAAAAAAAAGCGAUGAAUGAUUUGGUUUGUGUAUAAAGUAGAAUUGAAAGGAAUAGAUAAGCGUAAUUGUCACUAACUGCUUUUGCGUAUGUAACUAAAAAUGAGCUAGUCAAAUUUUUUUCGUUAAUUUAGAACAAAUAAACUAUAUUAUUAUUUAUUUUAGCCUUUCAACGCGUACACAGAACGAAAGAGAGAAAGAGAGAGAGAGAGAGUGAGUGAGAAAUUGGUGGAUUUAAAUACAACAUCACUGUAAAUGUUAUUGUUGCGAUAUUUUCCAAAUCAACAUUCCAAAUAACGAUCUCGAUGACCAUUUUUUUUUAAAUUUAUUUAAUUUUUUUUUACAAAAUAUUUAUUUAUUUUUAAUUUAUAUUUUGGUUUUUGAAUUCCAUGAUAAAAAAAAUUCCAGUCCAAUGAAUAAUGCCGACGCUUUUUAUUUUGUAAACCGAUAUAUAUAUGUAUAAAAUACUUUUAUUUUCAAUUCAAUUGUAAACAGUUUGUAUAGUGAAAAACAAGAAAUCUAGUCCAAGAAUAUAAUUUACCAUUAAGAUAAUUGUUCCGCAGAAUGAAAUGCUUAUUAAUUCGAAUAUGCAGCAAUCAAUCAUCUGACAAACACUCUCACAUACACAUACACACAUACAGACUUACGUUCACACAAAUGAAAUGGCAAAAAGUGACACAACAAAUUUUAAGCUGAUCAUUCAAAACCCACAUACACUCACGCCGAAGCGAAUGCAAUGAGGAUUUGCAUCAUUAAAAAUUGAGUUCGAUCUUCAAACAAAAUAACAGUAGCGUGUGCGUAUCGAAUUGAACACAAAAGUAAAGAAAAAAAUAAUACUUUUUUUUAAGAAUGAAUUCCAUUGCAAAGCAAUCACACGCUCAUUUUGAUGGAUGUAAAGCUUUUAAUUCAUCUAUUGAUUAAUAAGCAGUAAAAAAAAUUGAGAAAACCAAUUGAAUUAAACAAUAACAAAAUGAAAAGAACAAAUUCAAACUGUAUAGUUUAAGGAUGACAACAACAACAACAAAAAAUGAACACAUAAUAAUUAUAACUAGAAAAUGUACCUAUCUAUUAAGACGAAUAAGAAUUAUUUAAAUUGUUACUUGUAUUUCUACAGGAGAUGCGAGUGAAAUGAUUAACAUAGUAACAACAAAAAGAAGACUACCACUUCUAAUGCAAAAAUUUGUUGAGAUAAAAAAAUAAGCUUUAUAUUAAAUUUCCCUUAGCACAUUCGAGAAGAAAAAUGAACAAAAAAAAAACAAACGAUGAUGAAAUAAUGAGUUCUUUUUUCAUUUGCUGUUUUUUCUUUUUUUUUAAUUUUUUGAAAAAAAAUGAAUGAGUUUUGUUUUUUAGAUGCUGAUAUUAGACAAUUAUAGAUUUGUGAUUUCAUGUUAUUCACUCCCGAGACAGAGAAAGCGAAAAAAAUCAAUCAAUCAGCCAAACAAACAAAAUCAAACAGCCCCCCACCCACACACAAACAAACACAUUUGCAGAAAGAAUGCACAUCAUCGUUACUAAAGAUAUUCCCAUGCUCCCCUUGAUUUUCCGAAAGGAACACGUUCUGCUUUUACUUCAAUUUGAAAUUGGUUUUAGAUGUUCAAAUUGGAUUGCCACCGUUGCAAAAAUCACAUUGAUAUAGAAAAUAGCAAUAGAUGUUCAAGCAAAAAAAGGGUGCAACAAAUGUCAUGAUCAUUUUUUUAGUGAUGCAUAUUAGUUGAUUACAGAUAGAGAAUAAAAAAAAUAAAGAAACAAAAAAAAUAAUUCUUAAAUGCGAAUAUAUAUAUAUACAUAGAAAAAUGUGGGACGAAAUGAGCCUCAAAUGAAUUGAUUUAGAAUACAUUUAAAAUGCAGAAAAAUGGAAAUAUUUCCAUUCGAUGAAAGUUAGAAAAAAAACAAACACACAACAGCAAAAAAGAUGGAAGCACGUGUAACAAUCAUGCAAAAAUGGGGGGAGAUGGAAAAACAAAUUGUGUAUGUACCAUUGAAUCGUUAGAAUUUAAGGAAAGAUUGUGCAACAUUAUUAUGAAGUUAUUAUUAUUAUGAUUAACAUCAUCAUCAUCAUCAUCAUCAUCAUCAUCAUCUUCAUCAUCAUCAUUAUGGAACAUUAUUGAACUGAGAACAACAUGCGAACAAAAACAAACUAAAGACAAUGCUAAUUAAUACACAAACAGCGGCCAAUCAUCCAAUGGACUACUUUGAUUUAUAUUUAAAACGAAAGAUAUUAGCAAAAACGAUUUCGCAAUUCUAAAAAAAAUGACAUAAACAUUUACCUAUGUACAGAACUAAAAACCGAUUUAAAAAAAAAACCAACAACAAAAAUCAAUCAUUUUUUUGUGCACCAUUUUUACAAGAACCAUCUUCCGAUGAAGAUAUUUUUGCAUCAAAUGCGGCAUGCGUGGGUGUGUACUUGCGUGUGUCUCGUACAAUUUGGCACAUAAAAUGAACGAAAUGAAUGAGGGAAGAAAAAUAUGAAAUAUUAAAAAAAAAAUAGUUUAUGACUUAAGGUGAAAAGUGUGGCAAGAUGAUAUGACCAAAAAAAAGAGAAAUAAAAUGAAAUAAAAAACUAACGAAAAAUUCUCUGAGCACGCUCACACUCUGUGUAUUGUGUGGAUGUGUUUGUUCUCGUUCAAUCCUCUGAAUUUAA